AUGACCGAGCCCGCUCCGGCGGCCGCCCCCGGCGCUGCAACGACGACCACUCCGGCCCCGAAACAAACAAGCCCUGCGAUCCCCGUUGGCUUGAACGAAGCAUCUCUUGACUCGCCGACCUUUCGGUCUACCGCUCAGCAUUUCGGGGAACACAUUGACAACGUCGAGAAAUGGCUCGACGACUAUGUCCGCUCCACCUCCCGCGUCACUCGUGACAUCCUGGCUCUCGAGGAGAGCGUCAACACCUAUCUGUCCAAGAUCUUCCCCCCCGCCGCGACAGCCGAUGCCAUUAUCGACCACGAUUACACACUGCUCGCUCUGCGCCGCAUCAGCGAUGGAUCCAAGGAGUGGUGGACGCAGAUUAUGUCGACCGUGCGGAAGAUGGAUACCAUUUCCGUCGAACCCAUUCGUUCUUUCGUCGCCGCCGACCUGCGCUCGUUCAAGGAGGUGAGGAGAGUCCUGGAGCACACCCAGAGGAACUUUGACCAGGCCAUGGCUCGUUAUAUGAGCCAGUCCAAGACGAAGGAGCCGUCUGCCAUCCGCGAAGAAGCGUUCGCCGUGUACGAGACGCGCAAGGCGUACCUCAAGGUCUCGAUGGAUUUUUGCCAGCUCGCACCCCAGAUCCGCUUCAGCUUGGACAAGCUCCUUGUUCGUGUCAGCUCCGACUUCUGGAAGGAGAUGAAGCGGUCGCGCGACGCCGCUGCCGUGUCGACCAAGUGGGGCUCGGAGAUGGACCGCAUUCGCGGCUGGUCACGGGAGAUGGAAACGACAGAGUUCGUCUUCAAGAGGGAGCUGCAGAUCGCUCGCCGCGACAUCGGGGAAAGUACCCUCCAGGCUUUCAAGCCAUCCCGAGAGUUGGAGGACUAUAGCGCGUCGACCGUUCAGUUCCUCGGUUCCAGAGGCCCCGUCAGUGUCCAGCCGCAAGAGAGCUCUGCCGUCGUCUCGGAGAAACAGGGCUGGCUCUUCCUCAAGACGCUCUAUGGAAAACCGGCCAGGUCGAACUGGGUUCCUCGCUGGUAUUAUUGUCGGGAUGGCAUCUUUGGCUGGCUGAUCAACGCUCCCCAAGGUGUCCUGCAAGGCGACGAGAUUGGCGUUCUUCUGUGCAAUGCCAAACCAGCCGUCGCGGAAGAUCGCCGGUUCUGCUUCGAGGUCAAGACCAAAAGCCAGACCCUCGUUCUUCAGGCAGAGACCCAAAACCAGCUCACAGAGUGGCUUGAAGUCUUCGAAGUUGCCAAGAAGCGAGCGUUUGAGGCCAGCAUGGACCGGGACAGCAGCUCUUCACCUGCUGGAGCCGACCCUGCCUUCUCCAUCACGCCGCCCCCUCUUCCGGAGUUUUCAGCUAGAUCCCUGGACGCGAUGGUUGCGGGCGAGGAACCUGCACCACCAACCUUUGACAGGGCUGGAACACUUCCGGUUCCUGGGACAGAGAGCAACAUGGCCGGCCGCGCUAGUUUCGACGUCAACGCCAGCGCCUCUCGUCGCUCCAUCACCGCUUUGGGUCGGGAUCUGGGCCGGGAAAUGGUUCGUGAAGAGGGGGAAAGCAAUCGCGACCAUGCGGCGAGGAUUAUCCAGAAGCUAGAUCUCCACCGAAAAGCGACCUUUGGAGCCGGUGCCGAGGCCGCGGUGGCGGCCGCUGCUGCACCGGGUAGUGGCGGCAUUGCGGGCUUGUUAGCAAACCACGGUCACCUUCCCGGAUACCCUUCUCCUCCCCAAGGCGGGUCAAAGAAUUCGUCGAGCUCAAGAUUACCUGCCCUGGACCCAGUCCAUGGGACCUUGGCCCCUUUGACGCUGGCAAGGCCCCCUGCGGCGACCAACCUAAGCCGGACGGCUGUCAUGUUCUCCGUGGACAGGGGCAUAGGAGGGGACAAUACUAGCCACAUGCCCACCGCCGUCCUCGCCAACUACUGGGGAAGCAGUGCAUGGAGUACCGUCUACGGGUCAAGCCCGGGCCGUCCUCGCACUCCCGGUCUGCUCGAAGAGAACCCUUUCGGAAUAGUCGUCCGAGAGGUGGGCAAACCCGGAGAGGAGAAGCCCGCGACCCCCACAGCCGGACAUAGGAAGACAGUCAGUGUCGAUGCGAAGUUCAACCAGCCUCACAUGCCGUUCAAACAGCCGGCCGAGACUUUCCCCCCGGGUUACCCGCCAGAGUUAAGGAUCCAACAUCACCAGUUCCGCAUCCUCUUCCCUACCGUUCCCCUCGACGAAAAGCUUGUCCUCGUCUUCCGGGCUGCUUGGUCAAGCUCGACGGGUAAAGACUCACCAUCACAUGGACAGGGGCUUGCGGGUAACGGUCGGAUUUACAUCACCCCCGACAAUAUGUACUUUUACGGGCAGCAGCUGGGUCUCGUCGUCGCCUAUGCCAUCAGCCUCGACAUCAUCGCCGAGGUCACGGCAGCGCCUGGAAAGGAAUGCGACUUCAUCUUCCUCCACCUCGGCGAGGAUGGCAACGAGACGGGAUUCACCAGAAUCACCAUCAAGAUAUUCCUGGACAAUCUCCCACUCCUGCAUGCCAGAUUGAACCUGCUCAUCGACGACCUCCAGUCGGAGGAGCCCUUGGAGCUGUCAGAGCUCAUCCGGGCCCUGAUCAGCCUCGAAUACGAAGAUUACAGCAAACGCAGCCCGAGCGUCGAGAGCUGGGAAGAGGUUUCCUCCAAUACGCCGUUUGACGAUGGUACACACUCUGGCCGUCCCGCCAGACGCCAGAGCCAGUUUGGACCACGGCUUCGCGUGUCGGGCCCAGGCUCUCGGCAUACUCCCAAGGUGCAGCUGCCCACGCAUCCCGUCAUUUUCGAACCCGAAGACAUGCAGAGAAUGGUGGCGGAACGACAUUUCGAGAUCAGCGCCAAGGCGUGCUUCCACGUGCUCUUUGGAGACAAGAGCUUCGUCUUUCCCAAGCUCUACUUUGAGCGGAGAGCGCAGCAGAUUGCCCAGGGCCCGUGGGCGCUCGCAGACCACGGUCGGAUGAAGCGGGAAUUCCACUUUAAGUUCGACUACAAAGACAUGAUCGGUCGACCCAAGACGGUGGACGUCGUCGACAGCCAGACAAUGGAUAUUUUCCAGGAGCAUGUCACGUACGUCGUCACGCACACCAAGACGGCAUGGCAUCUCCCGCAUUCGCAGGACUUCAAACUGGUGACCAAGGUUGUCAUCACACACGUGGCCAAGUCCAAGUGCAAGCUGGCGAUUUACACAAAGGUCGAAUGGUCCAAGGUGCCGACCUUCUCCAAAAACCUGGUCGAGCGCCAGGCGCUGAACGAUGCCGAGGGCGACGCUGAAGAGCUCGCGGACGUCGCAACUGACCAGGUGCGCAAACUGGGCCCGCACAGUCGAACGAAACGGGCAAUCCAGGUCUACGGAAACAUUGGGCAGCAGACUCAGGUCGUUGUGUUCUCGCCAGCCGACGCCGCGGCGUCCAAGAAGCAGCUUAUCAAGCCGCGAACGCUGACCGCCAUGUUGCUGGAGACGCUCCGCUCGUUCGGCGAGAGCGCGGUAACGUCGCUCAUCAUGUGGGCCAUUGCGGCAGUGAAGACGCUCUUCAGCGUGGUCACGGCCCACAGGCUCAUCCUUCUCGUACUUGCCGUCAGCGCGUUUACAAACAUCGCGCUGACUUCUAAGGAGAGCUCGACGUGGUGGACGGAGAGGCGGGCAGCCAAGUUCAUGGGCCGUGUCGGGGUUGGGCCGAACGUGGUGAUGAGCAAGGCCAUCUACAUGGCAGACCUGGGCGAGGCAACGGGGGCGGUGGGGCACAACAGCAGUUGGCCCGCGGACAGCGCAUGGCAAGUUGAAAGCGCGAGACUAUGUGAGAGAACAUUUACGCUAACAAACCGCAGUUUCAGCACUUUCCAGCUUGUCGCCAACGCCACCGAUCUUGACGCGCCAUACGAGGACGCAGGGUCGACAUUGUCGUCGGCCACGAGCCGAGCAACGGCACGGCGGCUGCGGCGGACGCGGCAGCGACUCGGGUCGUACCGACACGACCUGCUCGUCGCGAUGCGAAUCGUCAACAGCAUCGAGCGGGAGAUGGUGCAGUCGGAGUGGGAGAACUGGCUCGCGGACGAGAACGUACGCUGCGACAAGCUCAAGACGGUCUUGGAGGAGAAGGGGGCGGACACUAAGGACAAGACCAAGACGAAGCGGAGCGGCAGCCAGAAGGUCAUGACGGCCACCAUGGACGAAGACAAGAAGGAGACGUUGCGCGAAUGGUACGAUACAUACUGCGGGAGUUGUAAGAUGGAUCACCAGGCGUUGAUGAGUGAGCGGAACUCGUUGGCGGGCCUGUAG